AUGAUCAAAAAAACUUAUGGCAAACAAAGAAUUUCAUUUUCAGAUACUGCAUUAAAACUGCAAGACCAAAAUGAAUAUAUUCUUAAUGAUUUAACUAACCUCCAGGAAGAUAAAUGUUUUAAAGAAAGUGAACCAAAAGAACGCGUCUUUAUAACUGCAACUGAUGAUUCAACAGCAACCAAGUUAAAGAUUCAAAAACAAAAAUUCAUCGCUGAUUUUUUUAAAAACAUUGAAUCUUUAUCAAAUACCGAUAAGAAAAGACGAGUUAAAGAAAAUGAGCAAUUAUUUCUCGAUCUUGGACAAAAGAGUUUCAAUUCUUAUACAUGCCCAGAUUGUAAAAUGUCUUAUAAUCAAGGUACAGCAGAAGAUGAAACAUUACAUGCUAAAUAUCAUAAAGCCGCCAUUGGAGGAAUUGCUUAUACGAAUUAUAAGAACCAAAUAUUUUUACAACAAUAUCCCGAAGAUAAUGGUAGUCGUGUUGUAAUGUUGACAUUCAAUCAGUCAAAUCCAUUUGAAAAGAAAAAGAUGAACGAAAAAAAAUUAGAACAAUGUAAAAUAUUCUUGUACAUUACAGGUAAUAAAAAAGUUGUAGGAUGUGCUGUGGCCGAAAUUAUACCACAAGCUUAUAGAGUUAUUGAUGAUGAUGAUAAUGGUAUAACAGAAAAUUCGGAAAGAAUACAAAUUGGAAUGGCUAGUGAUGGUUCAGCAAUAUUUUGUUGUACCAAGCCUGUUCGUGCUGUUUGUGGUAUUAGUCGAAUGUGGGUAUUAAAAAAACUCAGAAGAAGAGGAAUUGCAACGAGACUAUUAAAUAACAUAAGAACACAUUUUUUAUUUGGAUAUACUCUUGAACCCAGUGAUCUUGCUUUCUCGCAACCAACUGGAGAUGGAAAAGCAUUUGCCUCUCAUUACACUAAUUCUCGCGAGUUCCUUGUAUAUGUUGAACAAUAG